AUGGGGUUUCCAGUUGGUUACACCGACCUCUUCCUCCCCAAACUCCUUCUCCACAUCCUUACCUUUCUGGGUUUCAUCCGUAAGCUCAUUUCCUUCGUUUUCAGAUUCGUUGGUCUCGGGGAGUUUCUCGAACCCGAUUUCUCAACAGACCCGACCCGGAACGAACCAGUCACGCAGUUCUAUUCCGUUUCCGCUGUCCUCAUCCGUGAGCUCCUCCCGGUGGUGAAGUUCUCAGAGCUAGUGGAUCCGCCUGAGAGCUGUGCAGUUUGUUUGUAUGAGUUCGACGCCGGCGACGAGAUCCGGCGACUUACCAAUUGUCGACACAUAUUCCACCGGUGCUGUCUCGACCGGUGGAUGGACCAUGAUCAGAAAACUUGCCCGCUUUGUCGGACUCCAUUUAUACCCGAUGAUUUACAGGAUUCGUUUAACGAACGGUUAUGGGCGGCGUCGGGGAUCGCCGAUUACUAUGGCGAUUCAUCGCUGGUUAGUGGUUCAUAA